GUUUUUAUUAACCUGUACAUUUCACAAGUUAAGCAGGUUAGAAACGUUGACUUGACGUGACUAUAAAAUUAAUAGACUGAUUGACUAAUGGGAACAAAUUAAAUCGUUUAAAUAAUAAAUAAUAAUUAAAUCGUAAUAAACUUAUGUCAGCACAUUGAGGAUGGUUAUGGGAACAAAAAAAUUACAGGGGUGGUUCUUGUAGACUUACGGUGAAUCACAAUCUAAUACUAAAAGAGAUAUAUAAGUAUGCAAAUGACUGGCACCUAGUACAAAUAAUAACUUCUAUGCUACGGAAUCGAUGCAUUACAGCCACGCUAAACAAUAAAUGGAGUAAAUGGAGAAAUCAGCGAAAUAGCUUAAUACUUGAUAUCGAAAUUGUAAUUACAAACGGUACUGGUUUUGUUGUCGUUUUCGAUGCUGGCCAUCAUUACUCUAACGGAACGUAUAUUUAUCUGGUUGCCAAUUGACGACGGGAAUCCGAGUAUUUGGAAAAGCUUUCGAAUUAGCUCACAACCGUUUCUGACACCGUCACGAACAUUGUUUUUCAUCGAUCAAAUUGUACUAGAAUUCAAGAUGACCGAAGAAAGAAGAACGAUCGCGAGCGACGGACCUUCGCGUUCGACGCCGCCAUCACCGUUGACCGUAUCCGAUAUCGCCAGUAUGGACAUCGAACGUCUUAGGGCUGACGAAGUUAUGUGGGCCAUGUAUGAGCAAGGAUGGAGGGACACGUAUGCCUCCGUGAUUGCUACGCUGGCCGCAGAGCCUCCUCCGCCGCCUGCCGAUCUGCGCCCCGUGGCCGUCGGAUCCGACCGUGGACAGACGAGCACUGCUUCUACGGCCACCGUUAACCAUCAACCGACCGUCGAUUCACGCCCUACGGCUAUCGGACCCGUCCGUAGCCAGGCACGCGUCAACCGGAACGCGGGGCGCAGGAACGUUUCCGCUCGUCCGUCGAAGUCGCAAAAACAAUCGAUUACCUCUACCACUCGAAUAUUAUCCGACGACGAUGUGACGACGCAAGAAAGGAACUGCCGCGAUUGGGUGAACAGUUUGCAGAAAUGCGAGGAACACGGACCUGAGGACAUUAUUUGUCCCGAUUCCGACGUUGACUCGUUCAUCUCCAUGACCAGCGAAGAAAAAGAAGACGCUUUGUGGCAACCGUUGUCGGCACCAUGUUUCCAGAAUUUCACGACUGCGGAUAUUAUCGAGUAUAAUUCAGCGUGGACUAACAUUCCUGUUAGAACAUGUUGUCAUCAUUGUGUACUCAAAUUUUGA